AUGGCUUACUUUCCUCAUUUCACCAAUGAUAUCUCUCCUCUAUUCCGGCUUCUAGAUGACUAUGACUGUCAUCGCUCUAGCCGCGCGAAGAUAACGCCGACAAAGAAACCCAUAUCGCUAAAAUCAGAUGUCUUCGAAACACACGAUGCUUUUCAUCUAUCUGCAGAAGUACCUGGCGUUGAAUCUAACGAUAUUCAAGUCGAGUUCUUGGACCCAAAUACACUAGUGAUAAAAGGUCAUGUGAGGAGGCAUAACGGGCAAACAUUCGAGGAAGGACAAGAUCAGACCCCCGUUGCCAAGUCUCAUCACCAGCCAACCGUGGAGGAUGAGAGUGAAGCGGAUGACGCUACGACGUCCCGAUCCUUGAAGAACUCAUCGAAGCAACAACUAGUGACGCCAAAAAAGACCGAGUCUACCUGCAAAUAUUGGGUAUCUGAGCGGUUGACCGGCGAAUUCCACCGCAUUUUUACAUUUCCAGCGAGGGUGCAACAAGAUUCGGUCAAAGCCAAUCUCAGAAAUGGUAUCUUGUCGCUUUCAAUACCGAAAGAACCUGCUCCGAAGGUGAAGAAAAUCCGCAUUGAAUAG